UUGAAAGAGAAAAUAAAACUUUUCAGGAUUGAAAACAGCAAUAAUGGAGGAUAAGAGAUCAGACUCACCAGACCCCAGCUGUGUGUCCAUGAAGAGUGAGCGAUCGGCAGAAAUCAUAACAAACUUCAAACAAAGUGACAUUCCUACUAAUGUGAGACCACAAAAUAAGAUAUCAAACAAAAGAGGAAAUUCCUUGGAUUCCAUAUUCAAGGAGUUGGAACACAAAGUCAUUAUUCUGAUUAAAAGAGAGCUGAAGAUGUUUAAGAAGCUCCUAAGUCCAGAUUACCCAGCAUGCACUGAGAGGGAGGUGGAGGAUGAGGAUCUGCACAGCGUCAGAGAGGGAGCUCUGAACAUCACACUGCACGUCCUGAAGAACAUGGACCACACAGAUCUCGCUCACAAACUUAAGAACAACUUGUACACAGUCUCUGUGUAUCAUCCAAAACUGAAAUCCAGCCUGAGAGAAAAGGUUAAAAGGAUUAAUGAAGGAAUCUCACAGCAUGGAAGCUCAGUUCUUAUAAAUGAUAUCUACACAGAGCUCUACAUCACAGAGGGCUGGAGUGGAGAUGUCAAUAAUGAACAUGAGGUGAGACAGAUUGAGACAGCGUCCAGGAGACCAGUAACACUGGAGACAGCCAUUAAAUGUAAUGAUCUCUUUAAAGACAAGUCCAUCAGACGUGUGCUGACUAAAGGAGUUGCUGGAAUUGGAAAAACCGUCUCUGUGCAGAAAUUUGUUCUGGACUGGGCUGAAGGAAAAGCAAAUCAGGACGUCACCUUCAUGUUUCCACUUCCCUUUAGAGAGCUGAAUCUAAUCAGGAAAAAACAUCUCAGUCUGAUGAGUCUUCUGCAUAACUUUUUUCCAGAAAUGGGAAAAUUAGAAUUAAUAGACUGUGACGCCUACAAAGUCCAGUUCAUCUUUGAUGGUCUGGAUGAGUGUCGACUUCCUUUACAUUUCCAGAACAAUGAGAGAUUGUGUGAUGUGACAGAGUCAGCCUCAGUGGAUGUGCUGCUGACAAACCUCAUCAAGGGGAACCUGCUUCCCUCUGCUCUCCUCUGGAUCACCUCUCGACCAGGAGCAGCCAAUCAGAUCCCGUCUAAGUGUGUAGACCAGGUAACAGAGGUACGAGGGUUCAGUGACCCUCAGAAAUACGAAUACUUCAAGAAGAGGAUCAGUGACCAGAAUCUGGCCAAUAAAAUCAUCUCACAUGUGAAGUCUUCAAGAAGCCUCCACAUCAUGUGCCACAUCCCAGUCUUCUGCUGGAUCUCAGCCACUGUUCUAGAGAGAAUGUUGGGAGAAGAAGAGAGUGGACAGAUCCCCAGGACUCUGACUCAAAUGUUCACACACUUCCUGAUCUUUCAGAUCAAACACAAGGACCAAAAGUACCAGCAGAAAUGUGACCCUGAUCCUCAGCAGACCAGAGAGAGUAUCCUGACACUGGGGAAACUGGCUUUCCAACAGCUGGAAAAAGGAAACCUGAUCUUUUAUGAGGAAGACCUGAGAGAGUGUGGCAUUGAUGUCAGAGAAGCUGCAGUUUACUCAGGAGUGUGUACCCAAAUCUUCAGAGAGGAGUUUGGGCUUCACCUGGGAAAGGUCUUCAGCUUUGUACAUUUGAGUGUUCAGGAGUUUCUGGCUGCUUUAUAUGCAUUUCUUUCCUUCAUUAGCAGAAAUGUAACAGAUAAACAAACUUCUGAUCUGUCUGAACUUUUUAGCAAGUCAGUGUCUGAUUUCCUCAAGAGUGCAGUGGACAAGGCAUUACAGAGUGAGAAUGGACACCUGGACCUGUUCCUCCGCUUCCUCCUGGGUCUCUCACUGGAGUCCAAUCAGACUCUCUUACGAGGCUUCAUGCAACAGACAGGAAGCAGCUCUCACAGCAAACAGGAAACAGUCAGGUACAUCAAGGAGAAGAUCAGGGUGAAUCCAUCUCCAGAGAAAUCCAUCAAUCUGUUCCACUGUCUAAAUGAACUGAAUGAUCAGUCUCUAGUGCAGGAAGUACAAAAGUACCUGAAGAAGGGAGGUGAUCAGCGUCUUAGUGGAACCAGACUGUCUACAGCUCAGUGGUCAGCUCUGGUGUUUGUGUUACUGAACUCAGAACAGGAGCUAGAGGAGUUCCAUUUGAGGAAAUUUGACACAUCAGAUGAAUGUCUUCUGACGCUGAUGCCUGUGGUCAAAGCCUCCAGAAAAGCUGAUCUGUCUAAGAGUAAUCUUACAGAGGAAAGCUGUAGAGCUCUGACCACAGUUCUCAGAUCAACAUCAUCCAGACUGAAAGAACUGGACCUAAGUGAGAAUUAUAACUUGCAGGAUUUUGGAAUAAACCUGCUCUCUGAUGGACUAGAGAAUCCACACUGUACACUGGAAAUACUGAGGCUCCGUUGGUGUAACCUGACAGACGGCAGCUGUAGAGCUCUCUCCUCAGUCCUCAGCUCAGGGUCCUCCAGACUGAGAGAACUGGACCUGAGUGAGAAUAAACUGCAGGAUUCAGGAGUGAAGCUGCUCUGUGCUGGACUGGAGAAUCCACACUGUACACUGGAGAAACUGGGUCUGCGUUUGUGUAAUCUGACAGAGAAGAGCUGUAGAGUUCUGUUCUCAGUUCUCAGCUUAAACUCCUCCAGACUGAGAGAACUGGACCUGAGGUUCAAUAACCUGCAGGGUGCAGAAGUGAAGCUGCUCUCUGCUGGACUGGAGAAACUGAGCAUUUAGACCAGAAUGAUAAACAUUCAGAUGUUGAACUUCCACAGCAAUAACUGAGUGAUCACAUCCUUUAUCCACUGAGCCCC